AUGACAGGCCAUGUCAACAUCAGUCAACUAAACAGCUCCGAGGCGAAAGCAUCCGUUUAUCCAAAAUAUUUGUGUUUUCGUUUUUUUUUACUUUGUUUUAAGGUUUUUUUUUACAUUCAAAACCACACAAAAGGAUUUGCCUGGAACAUGAAAAGUAUAGUGGCUCAGACGGAGAACCAGUUGCGGCCCAUGAAGGUGUCCCGCUUGGUUUCGAUGCUGAAGGGUUCCGGCGGAGAAUCCUUUAGUAACAGCAGCGCGGUUUACAAGCUGGUGGCUAAGAUGAUGGUCAACCAGCCGGAAUUCCGGUGGACCUCACAGUUGGCCUCGCUGGCCAGGCAGACGCAGAAUGCACAAACCCAUUUGCUGUGGCGGCCAUACGUGAACUUCAACGCCCGUCUUACCCGCAAACUGUCCGGUGCAAUGGAACGACGUGGAUCGAGCAUCAGCUUCCUGCGCCGCAGCCUGCCGAAGGGUCCAAAUGCAAAACAAUCAACGACAUGUGUCCUGCCUGUGAAGACGCGUCUUGCCCCCAAAACGCUUCAGGGGCGGGAGUGGGCCAUUUGGCGCAAGUCAUCGGUGCGUCCACUUUUACUGCCCUCGUCUAACAUGUGGACGGGUGUGCUCAGCCAGCGUUUCUAUGUCCCUAGGCUGGGUCCCGCCGAAGAGGUAGAGGAGGAGGUAGAACGCCAGGCGGUGCCACAGCUAAGAAUCACCAGGGAGCAGGCUGAGGACGAAGAGCAUCUGCUUCAAAGGCGAAGGGAUGGCAGUCGUCUGCGCAAUAGACAAUCGGAGUUCCCAGUGCCAGAAAGGGAGGUCGACUUCAGUGAGCACAGGGAUGAAAGUAGACGCCACCGACAGCCCUACGUUCCCAGCGAACUGAUGACUCCUGAAUUGGCCACCAAGUGGAUAACUACCAAAAGCUCCGAGAAGGAGCACAGAGCGCAGCAAUUGCUGAAUCUGAAGCAUCAGAUGAAGAUCCAGCCUUCCGUUCGGAUGAAAACCCAAACCUGGGUCAGUGGGAAUAGAAGAAGGAGCCGCAGCCGUCGUCCCAGCGUCCAAAAGAUUCCAGUUGUCUCCGAGCUAGAGGGCUGGCGGAGAUCUGCUAACCACCAGCCAGUGCCCCUUUUUCAGGGUGAACCCGCCGAGCAAGAGCACCUGCGGCAUGCCAGCUGCAAAACCAGCGCCAGAAGCAUGAAGGACGUCCAAACAAGCAGUACGAUGAUUUGGGUGCCCAAGGACAGAUUGCCGUGGGGGCGCACGAAUCUGACCAGUAGUCAAUCUGUACGAAGACCCACCAUUCGAGCGGCAAAGUCGACAAAUCUGAUGGCCCAGGAGUCGCGGGCCAAACAUAGACUGAUUCCCAAGGAGAUAGUCUACAGACCCCGUGCUGCAAGGGCAGAGCUGGAGGCGGAGGAGGAGGAAGAGAAUGACCAUUCUGCUCACAACGGAGAAGAUGCCAAAAAGACGCCGGAGCAGGCAAUGCUGAAGGAACAUCUGGCUGACCUGUUCCCCUUGUCCAAGCCCAGUGGCUCUUAUCGGAUUGGCUAUCAACCGAAUGCACCCACCCGACAGCUUCUCGAGCAGGGCAAAUGCCAUGUGUCUGUGCGCCGCGAGCAGUUCAUCCAUCUGCAGCCCGUAAGGUCCAGAUCGCUCAUACAGUCAUCGGAUCUGGAGGUCAGGGAGUCACCACGUCAGGCUGUGACAACUCUGCAUCGCAGGGACGGUGCCAAACGGCCUCGACCCGUUGAAGUGGUGGUCAAGCCGUCGCUUCUUACUAUUAUACGGCAGCAUGCCCACACCUGGGAUAACAAUGGCCGGAGGGCCGCUGGCAAACGAUCGAAUUCGAUUGGUGUGCGUCCCAAAAAGCAGGCUUCGUUGCGGAGGCUGGUACGGAAUUCCUCAUCCCUGGAGUUUGUCGUCAAGACUCAACCCAAGCCCAAACCCACACUCGAACAUAAAACCCAAUCAUCGGUGAAUGAUUUUCACAACGUUGCGAUCAAGAAGUUUCCGAAUGUGACCAGCAAACUGGGCAUGUGGAAGGCGGCACAUCCAUUCAAGGAUCUUGAAGAGCCAAGAAUUAAGGAGAAGGAGGUGGCCACUAGCUGGAAGCAGGCGAAUGCAGCCAGGAACUACAAGUACGAGGCAACCACGUCGUAUAGGAGAAAAGGAAAUGCCGCUAAGAAAAUCUCAGUCAGGGACAUGACAGAGAGUUACUUUCUGGCCAAGCGAAACUCCUCGACGUCGAAUAAAGUAUCAAAGGGAUCUAUGAAAAAGGUCAAGCCACCCAGGCAACCGGUGAUCAAUACAAAGGUUCAAGUCCCAGACGUUCAGUGCAAGCAAAAAUCUCAUGAAUCAUCCAGCCGACCGUGCUGGAGGUAAAAGAGCACGGACCUCCUACCUAGACGACAAAUCAACCGUUUUUACAAGCAAAAACCGGACAACCAAAGGCAAAUCCAUAUUCGAAACGGAAUUCCAAAUUGAGCAGUGAACACUACAAAUAUACACCAUAAUACACACACCUGGUGGAUAGAUGCUCCUCCCCGGAGACCUUUCUGAAAUCGGAUAACACUCACUUUAAAUUCCUAUACUUAAGCUGUCCAUUAUCUUCACUGUCAGAUUCGAAAAUCGAAAUUGAAAAAAUCGGACAGGGAAACUUUCUUAGAAAAUGAUAGCUCUCAUCUAUUUGGCACAUUUCUUGAUAGUUUUUCCCUAUUUUCAAGUAUCUCUUUGUUUUAGCUUUGUUUUUACAUAAAAAUAGAUACUGUUUUUUUUUGGAUAAUUAGAGACAGCCGUUUCGACUCCGUUAAAAACAAGAAAUUAGAGUUACUAGAUGUCAAAUUCGUAGUUGUUCCAUACGUAUUGCCCAUUACAAAAAACAUAAAAACACUCAAUACGCUUAAAAAUUAUGGACGGUGGUGACACUAUAUUAAAUUUCUGGAAUAAUAACGGAUUGGAUGUCUUAAAUUCAAAAAUUUCGAUUUUUAUUUGGGUUUUCUUUUUAGAUAUUAGCUUUACGAUUUUUUAAAUAGGUUGAAGAGCUCUAAACACUUUUUCAAAAUUACGUUAAUACUGUUAAUACUAUUCAUAAAAUCCGAGGUUCAAAAAACAUUUAUCAAUAUAGAGAUAGACCAAACUAUGACUAAUCAUGAAAUUAGACGUAAAUAUGUAUAUAGUAUAGGCCUCCAUUUAUACCUUAAACAAAUUGGUAAACAUGUUUAUCAUAUUUCGGGUCUGUUUACCAAUGAAUUUCAACAAAACAGAGCAAAUUGCAAUCAAAACAAAGGGAACGAAGACACGUGACAAAGAAACCUCAGAUAUAGGAAGAAAAUGAAUCAAUUUGGGUAUUUAUAGAAGUGCAAUGUCACCAAACUUAUUUUUGGCAACCAUAACUAGCCGCAUUUCACAAUACAAUGCAAAAUUUGCAUUUUCCAAAAAGACGGAAAAGGGAAAUUAGUUUUCAACUAGGUAUUUCAAAACCAAAAUCUUCUAGAAAG